AGCGGUCUUCUCAUAUUACCUCACACGCUUGAGAAGAAAACAGCCUCCCUCUAUCGCGGUCGCUCGGUUUGCUUCUGUCCUAGCGCGAUGCUUCCAUUGUCACGUGGCGCGUCGUCGCCCAAUGGCUUAGAAGCUGUGGCGACGGCUCUCCGCCUUCUUCUCAGUUUAGCGCAGUGUGUGAGGGAGGCGAAGCGGUGCGGUCGUGGAGGAGAAGGGUGGGGGAGGGCCGUCAGUAGCGAACAAAAGAAGCCGCGAGGGUCGCGCCGCGCGCGCCGUCUUAUUAUCCUCGCAAAAUAUAGCACGUCGGGAAAUAAAGGAGAACGGACGAAAUGGACGGUGGUCGAUGAACUCUGGUGUGGGGGGAGAAGGAACACGGUUAAAGAAGGUCCUCAGCCUUGUAGCGGCGCUGUGAAGAGGAAGGAGGGGGGGAGGAAAAAUAGGGUGGGGAAGAGGGAGAGCGCGAAUUGCGAGGUAGGAGCUGAUGCGCGCGCCCGUGCGAAAAGAUUGGCAGGAAGGCGCGCGUCUUGGAUAGGGGAACGUUCUGGAAGUUUCGUUUCUGAAAAGUAGCAGGGGAGGGCGCGUGACCGUCGGUGCUGGUUUUUAAAUUUUUCCAUCCCUCGAGAUCCUGGGAUUUGGUGGGUGGGGCGUCGUCUUUGUCACCGUCAUGGCGUUCACCAACUACAGCAGUCUGCAGCGUGCUCAACUGACCUUCGAAUAUCUUCAUACAAACUCAACCACGCACGAAUUCUUAUUUGGGGCCCUUGCUGAGCUUGUAGAUAAUGCCAGAGAUGCUGAUGCCACAAGAAUAGAUAUCUUUACUGUACAUAGAGAAGAUCUGAGAGGUGGUUUCAUGCUGUGUUUUUUGGAUGAUGGAGCAGGAAUGGAUUCAAAUGAUGCUGCAAGUGUGAUUCAGUUUGGUAAAUCUGCUAAACGGUCACCAGAAUCUACUCAGAUUGGACAAUAUGGGAAUGGCUUGAAAUCGGGUUCCAUGCGGAUUGGCAAGGAUUUUAUCCUCUUCACGAAGAAGGAUAACAGUAUGACAUGCCUCUUCUUGUCUCGCACAUUUCAUGAAGAAGAAGGCAUUGAUGAGGUAAUUGUUCCACUGCCUACUUGGAAUGCCCGUACCAAGGAGCCUUUGACAGACAACAUGGAGAAAUUCUCCAUCGAGACUGAACUGAUUUACAAGUAUUCCCCUUUCAAAUCAGAGCAGGAAGUGAUGGAGCAGUUUAACAAGAUUCCUGGGCAGAAAGGGACCUUGGUGAUAAUCUUCAACCUCAAACUGAUGGACAAUGGUGAACCUGAGCUGGAUGUGGUCUCAGAUCCCCAAGAUAUCCAAAUGGCUGAAACACCACCUGAGGGAACGAAGCCAGAGCGUCGCUCCUUCCGUGCUUACGCUGCUGUGCUCUACAUUGAUCCCAGAAUGAGAAUCUUCAUCCAUGGACACAAAGUGCAAACUAAGCGUCUUUCCUGCUGCUUGUUCAAGCCUAGAAUGUACAAGUAUACUUCCAAGCGGUUCAAGACCAGAGCUGAGCAAGAAGUGAAGAAAGCAGAGCAUAUGGCUCGGAUCGCGGAAGAGAAGGCCCGAGAAGCAGAAAGUAAAGCCCGUGCUUUGGAGCUGCGCUUGGGAGGGGACCUCACAAGAGAAUCAAGGGUCAUGCUCCGCCAAGCCCAGGACAUGGCGCUAACCAUGCGCAGAGAGGCAGAUGUUAAGAAGAGAAUCAAGGAGGCAAAGCAUCGAGCCUUGAAGGAGCCAAAAAUGCUGACCUUCAUAUUUGGCGUGAACAUAGAGCAGCGGCACUUGGAUGGGAUGUUUGUCUAUAACUGCAGCCGACUGAUUAAGAUGUAUGAGAAGGUGGGCCCGCAGCUGGAGGGUGGCAUGGCAUGUGGUGGAGUUGUAGGGGUGGUAGACGUCCCUUACCUGGUUUUGGAGCCAACGCACAACAAGCAGGACUUUGCGGAUGCCAAAGAGUAUCGACACUUGCUGAGGGCGAUGGGGGAACAUUUGGCUCAGUACUGGAAGGAUGUUGAGAUUGCUCAGAAAGGUAUAAGCAAGUUCUGGGAUGACUUUGGCUAUUUGUCUGCUAACUGGAAUCAGCCUCCAUCAAAUGAAUUGCGGUACAAGCGGCGGAGAGCUAUGGAGAUCCCCACUACCAUUCAGUGUGACGUGUGUCUGAAAUGGCGGACCCUCCCUUUCCAGCUCAGCUCUGUGGAGCAAGAUUUUCCAGAUGCCUGGGUAUGCUCCAUAAACCCUGAUCCUGAACAGGACAGAUGUGAAGCUCCAGAGCAAAAGCAGAAGGUUCCCCUGUGCGUGCUGAGGAAGGAGAAGUCGCACGAAGACAAGCAGAAAGAGCUGACGGAGAAGAUUCGCCAGCACGAGGAGAAGCUGAAAGCCAUGCAGAAAAUGACUCCCGUACAUUCUCGGGCUGACGUGAACAAGCUGCCCCUGGACGUCACCACCCGGCCUGUGCUAGAGAACCCAGACUCACUGAGCAGGCCACCACGGCCACGCUCUCCCCCUCUGCCGGAUGUGAUUAGAAAUGCUCCUAGCAGGUCUCUGGCCACGGCCCUGCCGUCUCCCUCAGCCAGCAGGUCCACCAGCCAACAGAAGAAGGAGCCCCCACCUCGCCCAGCCAUUAACUGCUCUAAGCCACAAAACACAGUGCCCAGGGAAGAAUCUAGCCUUUCCAGGGGACAGCCUCACAUGGUGGCACCUGGGAGGUCAACAUCCGCCUUUGUAAGGCCUGUGUCCAAACCUGUAGCAGGUGGGAAGAUGCCCCCUAUGCCUCUUCAGAACUCUAAGAGCCACCCUAGAGACCCCAGCCCAAAAUAUGUCAAGGUGCAACUUCCACCAAGGAAACCACCACUCGUCAAGCACCCCCAGGCAUCAAGUUCCCUGAAGAGGAACGUUAGCACCGUAGAGGAUGAGUUGGAAGAGGAAAUCGGGCCAAGGAAAGAGAAAAGGAAGCACAGCAGACAUGUGACAGUAAAAGAAGAGGACUCCAAUGAGGUAGAGGUGGAACUCACAGAAAGUGCAGGGGAAGAGGAAUUAGCAGAACUGAAAAGAGUACAAAAAGAUAAAGGGCAGCACGUGGAAGUCCGAGUGAACAAGGAGUGGUUCACGGGCCGAGUUACAGCUGUGGAGGUGGGCAAGAAAGCAGUCCGCUGGAAAGUGAAGUUUGAUUAUGUCCCAACAGAUACCACUCCAAGAGAUCGCUGGGUAGAGAGAGGCAGUGAGGAUGUUCGGCUGAUGAAGCCUCCCUCUCCAGAACUGCGAAGCCCAGGCAUGCAGCAGCAGCAGGAAGUUGUGGCAGCCAAACCCUCCACCUCUGAGUGUGUCCGAACCGAGCCAGACACCACCGCUUCUAGCAGUGGCCACGAAACGGUGGACUUGCUAGCCCAAUCUCUCCGGAAUUGCUUGCGGUACUUCCUGCCCCCAAAUUUCCCCAUCUCCAAGAAGGAUCUGAGUGCCAUGAAUUCAGAAGAGUUGGCGGCUUUCCCUCUGAAAGAGUACUUCAAGCAGUACGAGAUGGGUCUGCAGAACCUAUGCAACUCCUACCAGACACGGGCAAAUGCCCAAGCAAAAGCGUCUGAGGAGAGGCUUCGCGUCCAGGAACAGAAGCUCACAGAGACCAAGGAGAAACUCCAGAAGCUCAGGACUAACAUAGUAGCACUGCUCCAAAAAGUACAAGAGGACAUCGAUUUCAAUACAGAUGAUGAGCUGGAUGCUUACAUUGAGGACCUGAUCACGAGGGGAGACUGACCAGGCCAGAUUUCUGCACCAGUGUGGAAUCUUCAAGAACUCAGUCCCCCAGGAAAUCAAUAUGUGUAGAGGGAGCAGCCCAGGGCAAUGUGUAGAGGUGUGGCCGAGGCCAUGUGUACUGUCUUAGUGUGAAUUGGCGUACAACUUGUUCUUAUUACUUUUUUUACAUAUACAGUGUAAGAAGCAACAGUGCUAUUGAAGGUUUUUAACUUUUUGUUUAUAUAUAUUUUGUAAAAAGAAAAAUAAUCGUACAAAA